GGAAGUGGAGAAGAUCAAGCUUUCCAGCCUGUGUUCCAGACACAGAUAAUUUGUCACUACUGUUGAGACUGGAGGACAAUCACGCGGAAGUCAACCUCUUGGCCUGUACAUAUGGUUGGACCGUUGGAGAAUAUGCAGGACAUAGUUUUGCAAGAGAUGAUUCCAGAUGGUUUAUGGAUUUAUUCCCAGUUGAAGGGGGCAGUGAGUGACACAGGUGGCGCCCUUGGAGAGAGUCUUUGUGGAUGUGAGUUCUGGAGGAGAUAGCUGUGCAAGUGACGUCGUCGUUCAUGUGAUGUUUCAACUAAGGUGGAAGAAUUUCCUGUGACGGAAUCCGAAUGAAUAAAUCGGGAAAUCUCCAUGGCGGGCGGCUGGCCAAAGUAGGCGUAUGUAUGGAGCUCUUUGUGCUGUGUUCACUUAGGGCUGGACCCCACAGGCCCUUGGUAGCUUUGCGCCUGGAAAGCAUCGGCCAGCACGGAUCGUAGGCGCCGGGAAUGGGCAAGAGAAAAGGGACUCCACCGCCACAGCAGAUUUUUGCAUGUUCACGGGUUUAGGUUACCCGAUCAGGAAGACUUGCCCUUUCAGGCAAGUGUGCCUCCUCUUUUUCAGCACAACGUCCAAGCCCUGUGGUUAGCCUUAUGGUUAGGUGUUAGCCUGCCAAGCUGUUGGUUGUGUGUUCGAGUCUUGUAUUCGACAUCAUAAGCCCUGUGCCUGCUUUCCGCACAGGAUGGCUUAAUCAAGCGGCGAGCCUGGGGGCUCUACCAUGUUCUUUUGGCACAAUAUUUCGGAAAUUGGAGUGUGACAGGGAGGACUUUCCCAUCAUGACGCCAUGUGGAAACGUCCGCCCAAAGUUUUCCUGGCCGCUCCUUGCGGCUUGUGGUGUCUGAAAAAAAAAAAACUCUGCGCCAAUCCAUACGCUUUUCCGCACGCCUGUGGGGUCCAUACCCUAGUCUAUCGGAAGCGAAACAAAAAAAAUAAAAAAAGACGGUUGAUCCUAUUUGGUACCUGGUCAUCGCCAGCUGUUUAUGGGUCGAAAUCAUCAAACUUUCAGUCUAGCUCUGUCCAGUUUGUCCUCUGGGCUUUAUGCCGGGGCAUGUUGUGUCCGGGGCAUGUUGUGCCCUCUGCGCUUUAUACCGGGGCAUGUUGUGCCCUCUGCGCUUUAUGCCGGGGCAUGUUUACGCGGUGGGGUGAGUACACACUUGAGCUGUAGGAGCGGCAAUCUGCGCUUUAGGUAGGUGGAGAUGAUCUGAUGGUUAACGGCGGCGGAGAGGUCAUUUGUGGUUGUUGUUGUCUUUAGUAUUGUACGUAGCGGCAAUGCUAGAAUGAAUGGUUUUUGGGAUAUCGCAUCUGCUAUGGUGUCGUAUAUAUCUCUUUGCAGCAUGCGGUCGUGGGCAAACCCUCACUUGCCCUGCGGAUCUUCAAUCGUCGAACAACAGCCAGGCUGGCCUCCUGGUGUUUGCGGCGGAGGCUAUGCGCCAACCAUCGCAGCCAGAUGGCAGACCCGACAGGGCUGUCGUUUGACGACACUGCUUCUGUGGGUUGUUCGGGCCAUUCAGCUGUUUGGCCUCCUGAUGCACCUUGUGGGGGAAUUCAAGAGGAAUGGAUUGGUCAGCCCGUCCAGCUGUUUGGUCGAUCGCUGGUGCGCUAUGUCCGGCAAGGCGUCAGGACUGGUUGGCGAGGUGCUUAAAAGAACAUGUCUGAUGAAGUUAUUGGUGAUGGAAGCUGUCUGAUAAUGCGGAUCGUGCUUUGUGAUCUGGGAGGGAGUUUUCACUCUGUCUUGUGCAUGUUGGACGGCAGCAGGAAAAAGAAAUGGAGUUCGAUACAAGUACCAUGCCAGACGGUCUUUGCGCACAAGUGCGUAGGAGAGAAGAAGAGCAGUUUUCCGAUUCACCAUGGGGUAGAGGAGGGCGUCGCUCUCAAACAGCCAGCCAGUACACGGCCGCAGCCUUGCUGAAAAGAAAACUCGUGCGCCAGAUCGCAAAUUUUCGGCAGCCCUGCGCCGUAGGUAAAUCGAAUCGAUGGCGGGCGGCCUCUGAAAAGGGCCUGCGGCCGGUAGCUGGAUGUACUGGUGGUUUAAUGGUACCCUGUCUUGAAUACGCCCAACUGAACAAAAAAGAGGGAGCGCUUGCACCAGACUCACACAUGGCAUUGGCAAGGUGGAUUGAAUGAGAUGAGCGCGAGAGUCUGAUCCAGUGUUCGUGCACUUGAGGGGUUGGUGAAACCCUUAAUUGGUUGAAAGUUG